ACUCCCCGCCCGAUCGCGGCGGCAGUCGUGCGCGAACCGCGAAAAUAUUCCCCAAUCUCCAUUCCCCGCUCUAACCCUAGACACCGACAGCCCGUGCGGCGCGGCUGCCGGCUGCCCUGUUGCGGCGGGAGACGAAGCGAGGCCUCACGACUCGCGUGCUCGAGGGAGGGGAAGUGAGGCGAGGCGAGGCGGCGGGGUUCCGUUCCGUCUUGGGUCUUUUGGUGGCUUGCAGGUCGACGCGGUGGCGAAGGAUUUGGUACCUAGGCUUCCUCAAGAUUGCUUACUAUGGCUUCUGAGGAAACCAAACCAAAGAAGCAAAGAGAUGAGGAAUGCAUUAUAAACGGUCUCCCAGGAGAACUCAUUGAGCGGAUAUUUUUGAAGCUUCCAGUGAGCACUUUGUUGAGGUGCACUGGUGUUUGCAAGCAGUGGCACAAAAUCAUCCGAGAUCCUCAGUUUGUCACCUCUCACCUCCAGGAUGCGCCCCAAUGUGCCUUCCUAUUCUUUCCACAAGAGUCAAUCUCAGGUGAGCCCCAUCCUGCUGAUGCUAUCCUGAUUGACGAAGCCUGGUCGCCAUCAACAUAUGCAGUGCCAGUGAUUGGGCCUGACGAUCUCCUUUGUGGUUCAUGCAAUGGGCUUCUUGUCUUAUACACAAAGUCAUCAACACUCAAGGUAGCUAACUUUGCAACUGGUGAAUGCCUGCAUCUUGAGAAACCUGUAAAGAAUUUGAGGGGUGAUCACUUCUUGUUCUACAACUUUGGAUUUCACCCAUUGACAAAAGAAUACAAGAUUACACACUUCCUUGGUGAUCCUGUUGUGGGCAGCACUCGCUCCCAUAAUAAUAGCAGAUUCAGCGUCAUUCAAGUUUACACACUUGGUGAUGAGAAAUGGAGAGACAUCAAAACUCCAGAAGCCCUAAGCUUAAACUGUGUAAAAAACUCUGGAGCAGUCAAUAUUGACGGAACAAUGUGUUGGCUAAUUGAAGACAUGGUAGCUAACUGGCAGCAUGCAGUUAUGACCUUUGAUCUCAGUGAAGAAAGUUUUGCACGGAUACAACUGCCAGCAACUGUACAUGAAGAUUGUGCAGGUGGCGGUCCCCGUCGGUACUGGAUCAGAGAGAUAGAUAGGAAGAUAUGUAUAGCAACUGCUCAAGCCUGUCCUUCUCUUCCCAGGAGGCUUGUUGGUACGCUGCAGAUCUGGGAACUUGAGAACAAAACGGAGCAAAGGUGGAGCCUGAAGUACAAUAUUCAGUACUCGCCAGUUUACAUUCCGGGUUCAAAUUUGGUUCACAGGAAUAAGAUCAUACUGCAAGGUCGCGAGGGCAACCUAUAUUCCUAUGAGUUGCUCGGGGAGAACUUCAAUACUAAAUUGUGUAAGAUGGCAAAGCUGUUAGAUUUCAGUCCCCACAAGCCUGACAACAUGCAAUCCUAUAUCUGUGUGAAGUCACUUGUACGUUUAGAUGUAUACAAGAAGACUGCCAUUGCGCGUAGGCCAAAACAACGGGAAGGCUGGGAAUUGAAGAAGUGGGAGGCAUGGGAGCACCAGCUCUCUGAUUAUGAAAAAUUGUGGACUCGCCUUCAUGGUCUGCUGUCGCGUAUCUUGGAUGAUGCGAUUCGACAGGAUAUAGGCAUGAAAAUCAAUCAAAUAUGUCCAAGCCUUCCAAAUCAGCAACCAAGGCCCCUCCGGCGGCUUAAUUGUGUGGCACAUAAGCAAGAUAGGGAAAAUUUAUCUGCUUGUUUGGAUAUUUAUGAAGGCAUCGAGGGAGGCUUCAAAGAGUAUCAUGAGUGUGAUACUUAGUGCUGUAGAAAAUCAGAGGGGUGCUUGGGGCUCAAAUGCUGGCAUUUCUUCUCAGAAUCACAGUGAGGGCGAUGAUGCGAAGGCUUAAUACUUCAGAAUUUAUCAUGAGGGUGAUGAUGUUCAACACUUGUUUCUUUUUGUCACCGAGGGACUGUUUACCUCUUCUUCCUGUAAAAGUGUUCUUUCUGACGUACCGCCUGUGUGCUGCUAUGUAUUUUUUUUUUUUCGUUUGAAUUUCAGUCCUUGGGAUCUAGUUAACUUAUUGGUCGAUUUGAGACCUUGAAGAAUUUGCGGGACAGCGAGACAUUUGAUCUGAAGGUCAAAUCAACUCUUGCCACUGAAUAUGCUUUGAAACAUUACAGAAUGUUGGAAGUGGAAACUUUGUAA